UCAGCACAGUGAAGUUUUGUUUCUUGUGAAAUCGUCAGUCUCUGUCUCAUUGCAGCAGAAAUGGCAGAAGCUAAUGUUCUGGUAGGAGAGGACCAGAUUAGCUGUCCAGUGUGUCUGGAGAUAUUGAAGGACCCGGUCACUACAACAUGUGGACACAGUUACUGUAUGGAGUGUAUUAAGAACUGCUGGGAUCAGACUGAUCAUACGGGUGUCUACAGCUGCCCCCAGUGCAGAAAGACCUUUACCCCAAGGCCUGUUCUGAGCAGAAACAUAAUUCUUGCUGACAUUGUGGAGAAAUUAAAGAAGACAGGACUCAAUCCUCCUCCUGCUCAAAGUUAUGCUGGACCUGGAGAUGUGCCAUGUGAUUUCUGCACUGGGAGAAAGUUCAAAGCUGUGAAAUCCUGUUUGACGUGCCUGGCCUCUUACUGUGAAACACACGUCAAGUCACACUAUGAGGGGGCUGCUUUCAAGAGGCACAAACUGAUCAAUGCAAUUGGAAAUCUGGAGCAGAAGCUUUGUGCUGAACACCAGAAGGUUUUGGAGGUCUUUUGUAGAACUGAUCAGACGUGUAUUUGCUUGCUGUGUACAGACGAAGAACACAAGAGCCAUGAUACAGUCUCAGCUGAGACAGAAAGGAGUGGGAAACAGAAGCAGCUGGGAGAGACACAGACAGAAAUACAACAGAGAAUCCAGGAGAGACUGAAAGAAACUGAAGAGCUGAAACAGACUGUAGAUUCACUGAAAACAUCUGCAUGCAUAGAAAUAAAGAAAAGUGAGAAGAUCUUCACUGAGCUGAUCCGAUCCAUUGAGAAGAUCCACACUGAGGUUAUUGAGCUGAUUGGAGCUAACGAGAAGGCUGCAGUGAAUCAGGCUGAAGGACUCAUGAAGAAACUGGAGCAGGAGAUUGCUGAGCUAAGGAGGAGAAACGCUGAACUGAAACAGCUUUCAGAGACAGAGGAUCACAUCCAUUUCCUACAGAAUUUCCAGUCUCUCUGUGCCCCUCCUGAAGCUGGAGACUUACCCAAAGUUACUGUCAAUACAGACAUCUCUUUUGGGGCUGUGAGGAAAGCUGUAUCUGAACUUAAAGGUCAUAUUGAGGACUUCUGCAAGCGGGAAUUAGUCAAAAUAACCAAAACAGUGAAUGAAACUGCAGUUUAUACCCUGGGGUCUAAGAGCAGUGUCAGAUGCUUAAAAGUGAAUGAUGUUGCAGUUUAUAGUCUGCAGGCUCCAGAGCCAAGGAACAGAGAUGAGUUUUUAAAAUAUUCCUGUCUGCUCACACUAGACCCCAACACAGCUCAUAAAGUGCUCUGUCUGUCUGAAGGGAACAGAAAGGUGACAUGGAGUGGAGAGGCCCAGCCAUAUCCUGAUCACCCAUCAAGAUUUGACAGCCGGGCCCAAGUGCUUUGCAGAGAGGGCUUGUCUGGGACUUGCUGUUACUGGGAGAUUGAGUGCAGUGGACAAUGGACUGAUAUAGGAGUCACAUAUAAAGGAAUCAGCAGGAAAGGAGGUUGUCUUUCUUGUAUCCUUGGACGCAAUGACAAGUCCUGGAGUUUGGAUUGCUCUGAUUCCAGUUACACUGCCUGGCACAAUAACAAGAAAAUUGCAAUAACUGCCCUCUACUCCCCCAAAAUAGGAGUGUAUCUGGACUUUAAUGCCGGCACUCUGUCAUUUUAUGGAGUCUCUGACACAAUGACCCUCCUGCACAGAUUCCAAACCACAUUCACUGAGCCGCUCUAUCCUGGGUUUAGGCUUUAUCCUUAUUCCACUGUAACAAUCUGCCAGCUGAACUAGACUGUUUUGUGUUGUAAGAAACCCUUUGUAUUGAACUCCCUGUCUGUCCUCUCCACUCCUCGGGUGAAGGGAAUGUUCAAUCUGAUAUUCUCCAUGUGUAAAAUCAAGCACUCAAUCUGGAAGAUCUAUACAGUGUCUGAAAUUGUUGUUAAACAUUUUUAAACAGCCUGGAAUAUACAAGCAGCACAUUACCCGGUAUUGUUUCAAGACAACUUCAGACCCAAACCUAUGAAAUUUCAUAAAGCCUAUUAAUCAAUAUCAUAUAAUAUGUACAUUAUUAUCAACACUAGGCAACAUGCUUUUGAAAACAAUCACUAAACGUGAAACUAUAUUGUCAGUAUCUUCUAUAAUAUCUUUCAGCUACAUUGUAUAACGAGAAUAACCAUACAAUCUCAAAAAGCAUAUUGAACAAUAUUAUAUGUACUUCAGUAACCACAUAACAUACUAAAAUAAAAGUCUAUUUUGAACCCAUAUACAUGUAUUUGGAAACAAUCACUAAACGUGAAACUAUAUUGGCACUAUUGAGUCACCCGGCUCCGGGUCUAGGUUUCAAUCCAGUAUGUUGUGUUUCCUUGCACCACACAUUGACUGCUCUGCUAAAGCUAUCUGAUGGGCUUAGUAAUUGCCCAACAUUAACAACACAUGGAUGGUAUUGGCUAUCUGCAUGUAAUACAUGUAAGACAAAAAAUAAAUAAUAAGAAAAAACUAUAUUUGUGUUGGUUCUGUGCUGUUUAAAUUAAUGAUUUCACUCUUAUAACCGUCUCUUCUCUAACCAUCC